AUGAAUCGUAUUCGUUCUGUUCCACCACAAAUUGGUCAUGUACGUGAUCUAAGUAUCUUCGGCUUGAGCCAUAAUAAAUUGGCUAGUUUACCUUCAGAUCUCCUUGAUGUUACUACACUUCAUCGUUUAGAUAUUCGUAGUAAUCGUUUUAGUAUUACUAAUUUACAAAUAAUUGCUGCUAAAUUCAAUACAACAAAUCCAGAUUUAACUUUACAAUAUUAA